AUGGGUUCCAAGGUGCAUGCGGGAGUUUCUCACUCGACCAGUGGCGUGAGAUUUGUAGUCAUUCUUUGCUGCACCGGUCUGUUGGGAGUUGCAAUGGCUUGUAACGGUGGCUACAAGAUACGCAUGAAAAAGAUUGAAAACUGUGCCGGUGCGGAUGCAGUUAUUACUGCCGAUGAAAAUUUCACCGUGGUGCUGACGAAAAAUUGUGAAAUCAAAUCGCGGGGCUGCGUACGAUUUAAGGACUUCAAGACGGGCAAUGCCAAGUACACCAUUUCCAAGGACGGUGUGCAGGUGCUCCAGGGUUCGAUGGACAUCUGUGACCAGGCAUCCCGGCCGCGGCGUACCGAGAACAUUGCCGAACUUUUGCGAAGUCUGGGCGUACCCGAGAAGUGUCCGAUUGAUGCGGGUCAAAUUUGUACCGAGCCCAAUCAGGUGGUGAAUAUUAAUCGCUUCAAACAGUAUCUUCCACUCGCACGGGGUGCUAUUGCCGUGGACGUUUCCGUCCAACAUGAUUCGGGCAAAAGUUGUUUUAAGGUUCGCUUCGACAUAACCAAGUAG